AUGGUGACCGAUGAUUUGACCGUGACUCCAUUGUGUGUGACCUCAAGCCUUUCUAUUUUGGAUCGGCAGGGAAUACCGUUGUCUGAUGUGGAAGAAUUGGAGCUUAACAUUGGAUUGGAAGAGGCUCUGAGCAUUUUGAAGGCAUCUCUCACCUCGACUUCGGCGCUGACCAAUGGCCUUUUCGAACCAUCAAUAAGAACAGUGAGGCCAAUGUCUGGAGGUACUUUACAUCCGAGAAGCGUGUUUGAUAAAGAAUGCCGUAAGCUGAAGCUGGUUAUUAGUGGUUUCAAGGCCACCAAUAGGUACUUUACAUGCGGACGUCCGUUCAGUGGGAAGCACAAUUUCAGCAUGUACUAUGAUACUGUUAGAUGUGAUUGUGGGAAAACUAUGAGCACACAAACAAUAUUAAGAUCAUGUGAGACUUCUGAAGAUGGCGAUGAUCGAGCUUUUUGCACGAAAGGUGCUUUCUUUAUAAUCAGUGAUGAUAUGCGGGUGGUGCUGGCGGGGCCAGUCUUAAGGACUCUAGCAGAACUUGGUAUUAGGGACACCAAGGGAGCCGAGAUGAGGAAUGUGACAUUCGGAUAUAAUGAGAUUAUAGAUUUGCUUCAAGGCAUGUUUAUGUCACGGACUCCUUUGACCGAUGUCAUAAUCGGCAAAGCUCAAAGUCUUUCUAUUUUGGACCGGCUGGGAAUUCCGUUGUCUGAUGUUGAAGAAUUGGAGCUUAACAUUGGAUUGGAAGAGGCUCUGAGCAUUUUGAAGGCAUCUCUCGCCUCGACUUCGGCGCUGACCAAUGGCCUUUUUGAACCAUCAUUAAGAAAGUGUGUGAAGCAAGAACAACACUGA